AUGUUAAGAGUUGGAAGAAAUGAAAUUUUAAAUUGGAUAAAUGAUUUAUUACAAUUAGAUUAUAAAAAAAUUGAACAAAUGGGUUCAGGUGCAGCUCUUUGUCAAAUUAUUGAUGUUAUUCAUCCAGGAAGAAUCAAUUUAAAAAUGGUAAAUUUCAACGCAAAAUAUGACUAUGAAUAUGUAAAGAAUUUUUCAUAUUUACAAGAAGCAUUUGCAAAAAUUGGUAUUGAAAAAUAUGUCGAGGUUUCAGAAUUGGUAAAGUCAAGACCACAAGCCAACUUGGAAUUUUGUCAAUGGUUAAAGAAAUAUUUUGAUCAAUUUUAUAAUGGUGAGGCAUAUAAUGCUUUGGAAAGAAGACAACAAUUAAAAAUUUUAACUGAUAGAGAUAAGGUAUUAUUAAAAGGUAAAGCUGGAACAUCUUCAAUUAAACCAGCCGCAUCAAAACCAACAGCUUCAGCCACUAGCAAACCAGUUGCAGCAGCUACUAAACCAACUACUACAGCCGCAGCCAAACCAGCAGCACCAGCCACCAAACCAGUCGCUGCAAAACCAACACCAACCGCUACUAAACCAGCCACAACCAAACCAGCACCAGCACCAGCAACUGCAACUGUAAAAACAACAACAACACCUGUAAAAACAAUACCAACUACUACCACCACCACAACUACUAAACCAUUAGCUACACCUGCCAAAACUGGCAAACCAACACUUUCACAACCAACUUUUAAACCAACAACACCAAAACCAGUAUCUCCAACACCACCAAGCCAACCAACACCAGCAACAGUCGAGUUACAAAAAGAAGUAGAAAGCUAUAAAGCCCAAGUUCAAGAAUUAAAUGAUAAGCUUCAAGCUUUAUCCGAUAGCAUUAAAGAAAUUGAAUCUGAUAGAGAUUUUUAUUUUGACAGAUUAAGAGCCGCCGAAAUCUUUUGUCAAGAGAACGAGGAACCAAUAUUAAAAAAGGUUUUAUCAAUUCUUUACAACACAGAAAGUACAGGUGAAGAAGGUGAGGAGGGUGAAUCAAUUGAAGGUGAGGAGAAAUUAGAAGAAGAGGAAGAACAAGAGAAUCAUGAAAAUAACAAUGAUACAUUAUCAGAACCAGAACCAGAACCAGAGAUCGAAGAAGAUAUUACAAAUGCAACUGAAAAUUUAGCUAUCAAUGAAGAGCCAACAGAUGAAUUUAUUGAAGAGGAUCAACAACUAGAAGAGAUUGAGCAAGAAGAAGAAGAAGAGGAAACUAUUGAUGGUAUGAACGAAGAUGAUAUUAUGAAUAAACUUCAAGAGGAGGAUGAGGAUGAAGAAGAAGGUGACCAAAUGCUAAAUACCACUUUUGAUGCAUCAAAUGAACUAAUUGCAGAUGAACAAGAGGAAUUUUAAAUAUUACAAAAAAUAAAAUUAAAAUUAAAAAUUAGAAAUAAAAAAGUUAAUUUUAAUUAAUUAACCCCUUAUCCCUUUAUAGAC